CUACAGAGACCUUAGCCCCAGCUACAGAGACCUUAGCCCCAGCUACAGAGACCUUAGCCCCAGCUAACAAGACCUUAGCCCCAACAGAGACAUUAGCCCCAGCUACAGAGACAUUAGCCCCAGCUACAGAGACAUUAGCCCCAGCUACAGAGACCAGAGACCUUAGCCCCAGCUACAGAGACCUUAGCCCAGCUACAGAGACAUUAGCCCCAGCUACAGGAGACUUAGCUACAGAGACAUUAGCCCCAGCUACAGAGACUAGCCCCAGCAAAGAGACUGAGACAUUAGCCCCAGCUACAGAGACAUUGCUAGAGACCUUAGCCCCAGCUGAGAGCUACAGAGACAUUACCCCAGCCCCAGCUACAGAGACCUACAGGACCUUAGCCCCAGCUAUUGAGACCUUAGCCCCAGCUACAGAGACCUUAGCCCCAGCUACAGAGCCUUGCCUCGGCUACAGAGACAUUAGCCCCCCUGCAGAGACAGACCUUAGCCCCAGCUACAGAGACCUUAGCCCCAGCUACAGAGACCUUAGCCCCAGCUACAGAACAGACCAGCCCCAGCUACAGAGACAGCCCCAGAGAGCCCCAGCUACAGAGACCUUAGCCCCAGCUACCAGAGACCUUAGCCCCAGCUACAGAGGCCCCCCAGCUACAGAGACCUUAGCCCAGCUACAGCCCCAGCUACAGAGACUUAGCCCCAGCUACCUUAAGACCUUAGCCCCAGCAGAGACCUUAGCCCCAGAGACCUUAGCCCCAGCUACAGAGACAUUAGCCCCAGCUACUGACCUUGCUACAGAGACAUUAGACGGAGACCUUCCCAGCUACGAGACCUUCCAGCUACAGAGACAUUUAGCUACAGAGACCUUAGCCCAGGUACAAGGAGACUACAGAGACAUUAGCCCCAGCCCCAAGCUACAGAGACAGGCUACAGCUACAGAGACAUUAGCCCCAGCUACAGAGACAUUAGCCCCAGCUACAGAGACAUUAGCCCCAGCUACAGAGACAUUAGCCCCAGCUACAGAGACCUUAGCCCCAGCUACAGAGACCUUACCCCAGCUACAGAGACCUUGGCCCCAGCUACAGAGACCUUACCCCAGCUAA